AUGUACGAGAAGAUAAGGGAGCAAGAAUGCAGGAACCUGAAAUUGGUGGCAUUUAUUGGUGUAGCUAUGUCAACAGUUGCAACAUUGGUUUGCGUGAUCUCAGUACCGUUGCUUUACAAUUACUUGCAGCAUAUGCAUUCAAUAAUGCAAUCUGAAAUAGACUUCUGCAAGUCACGAUCCAGUAAUAUAUGGCGAGAAGUGACACGUACACAGAUAUUCGCAAAAGUGGGAGGUGGAGUUCGGCAAGUGCGACAAAUAGGAAAUGAUCAAUCAAGCUUUGUCUCUGGUGCACCGGCAUCACCAUCUGGUGAGUGUUGCGGAUGUGGUGUUUCGCCACCGGGUCCACCUGGUCCACCGGGUGAGGACGGUAGCGACGGCGUUGAUGGUGAAAGUGGACCACCUGGUAAAGAUGGUCUUGAUGCUCCACAGGAACCACCUGAGCAGCCGAAGAUCGAUUGGUGCUUUGAAUGUCCUGAUGCACCUGCUGGACCGGCCGGAGCACCUGGUCCGAAAGGGAUGCCAGGAAAACAAGGUCCACCAGGUCCGGAUGGACCCGUUGGCAGUGGCAGUUCACCUGGUGAACCAGGACCAGAAGGACCAGCAGGAUCUCAGGGGCCACCUGGUGAAAAAGGUCCUGCUGGACCACCAGGUACUGUCAUUGAAAAGGAAGGUCCACCAGGACCACUAGGAAAAGCGGGAGAACCAGGAUUACCUGGACCUGAUGGUGAGGCAGGUGCACCUGGUAAAGCUGGAUCAGAUGGACCAGAAGGACCACCAGGAGAUGCAGGUAUAGAUGGACCAGCUGGAAAACCUGGACUUGAUGGAGACAGAGGACCAGAUGGCGAAGCUGGAGCUCAAGGUUCCUGUGACGCUUGUCCACCGCCAAGGACAGCACCUGGUUAUUAA